AAUUUCCAUUUAGGUUUCUUUCACGGAUUUGAUUUCAUUCUCGCCGAAUUAGAGAAGACCUAAAAAAAACUAAAAAAACUAAAAACCCAAUAGAGAUCGUAACUUUUCCUUUUAUUUCCCCCAAUUUUCGAUUGAAUUUUCUCCAUUUCUCUCUCUACAGGAAUAUGAUUUGAGAAACUUUGAUUAUAUGAUAAUUCAUUGAUAAUUAUAUGUUGUUGUUUCAAUUGUACUAAACACAGGAGUGCUUGCAUUUGUUUAGUACAUUAUGGAGGUACAGACAAAUGGGAAACCGAUAGAUUCACUCUUUGAGAAGGUCCUUUGUAUGAACAUUCUAUCAUCGGAUUACUUCAAGGAGCUUUACCGAUUAAAGACGUACCAUGAAGUGAUUGAUGAAAUAUACAAUCAAGUUGACAAUGUUGAGCCAUGGAUGACUGGUAACUGUCGUGGCCCAUCUACAUCCUUUUGCCUUCUGUACAAGUUCUUCACCAUGAAGCUCACUGUCAAACAAAUGCAUGGUCUGCUAAAGCACAAGGAUUCUCCUUAUAUCAGAGCGGUUGGGUUCCUUUACCUGAGAUAUGCUGGUGACCCAAAGACACUGUGGAAUUGGUUUGAACCAUAUAUCAAAGAUGAUGAGGAAUUUUCUCCUGGAUCUAGUGGAAGGAAGACAACAAUAGGCAUAUAUGUGCGUGAUUUACUUCUCGGACAGUACUACUUUGAUACCCUUUUCCCCCGUAUUCCUGUUCCUGUCUUGCGGCAGAUCACAGCCAAUCUUGAGAUGAUGAAGCUACCCACAAAAAUUUCUGGUUCAACAGGGGAUGGCAACCGUCAUGGAUCUGAUGAUACUGCACGUCGACCACCAUCUGUGAAGGCUGCACUUUCAGUCUCUUUUGGUCAGCGUGCUCCUCAUCGUGCAUCAACUAGGGACUCAUCUCCUGUUCGUCGCACGCUACCUCCACCCUCCUAUGACAGAACCAGUGAUGAUCCACGAAGUCAUCGCAGCCAGAGUCGUGAAUAUUCUGAUAAAGAAUAUUCAGACAGGGAUCGGGAUCAAGAUAGGGGUAGAGAAAGGGACCGUGACAGGGACAGAGAGAGGGACAGGGUUCGGGAUAGAGAUCAUGAUAGAGAAAGAGAUCGGGACCGUGGCAGGGACAGUGACAGGAAACAGGAACGUGAGAGGGGUAGAGACCGAAGGUCUGAUUACGAUAGGAGUUCCAGGUACACUGACAGGGAGAGCAGAAGGGAUUAUGAACGGAGCAGCCGUGAUGGAAGUAGGCGUCAUAGAGAAAGUAAUUAUAGAACCCGGAGUCGGAGCAGGAGCAGAAGUAGAAGCCAAAGCUUGCAAGCUGGCACAUCACCAUUUGAUCAGCAUCCAACUCCUCAAAGGGAUGGAAGCAAGGAUAGGACAUCUGCAUCUAGCAAUCUGGCUAAGCUCAAAGAUCUUUAUGGUGAUCUUGGUGAUCAGAAAGGGGAUGCUGGCCUGGAAAGGGUUCCUCGGAGGGACAAUGAUGGUGAAGAAGUUUUUAGACUGGGUGGUUCUACUUGGAGGUAGGUAGUUCAAUGAAAGCUGUCACUGUCUGAUGUAUCAGUAAGGUCUUCAGCCAUGCCAAAUCACUGAUUGAGUCAAGAAAAUGGUCACCAUUAUAAACCUUUCCUCAUCUCUAUCUAGUCAUAGUUCAUGUAAGCACGUGUAGUGCAUGUGCUUGAGCUGUAGGGGUGCAUGUACAUGAGCCCCCCCUCCCUAUGUUCCAUGCGUACAAUUGUUUUAGAAAAUUUCAUAUCAUGUCUAAUUAACUUAUUGCAUUAAAUACGCAAGAGAACUUUCUUUGUCA